AUGAGAAACUAUGUUAGAAACAGUCCAGUUAAGCCAGGCUCGAUGAAUUACGAUGGCGAUUUACUAUUAAAUGAUUUGAAAGUUCUUCAUGAUGAUACGGAAAAAUGCAUGUUAGAUAUUGAAGAAGAUAUGAGCAAAUUGGUAUUGCAUAAUGACAAAGAUUUUAAAGUAAAUAACAAAUUAAGAUUAGAAAAGUUGACAAGCGAGAAUCUAAGAAACAAACUAAAACCUCCGUUGUCUCCUGUCAAAAAAAUAAACAAAAACGAAGAAAAUUUUAAUGAACAUAUAAUUAGAAUAGACUGUACAUAUGCACAAGAAACACAAAAUAAAUGCAGGGAGAGUGUAUUAAAUUCUCUUACAGACGAUAAACUUGAAAGUCUUGACAACUUGACGACCCGAGAUGAACCUAAUGAGAAAUUAAAAAACAAUGUAGAACAUAAUUUCCAAUCGCAAGAUCUACAAACAUUGUUAAUAAUGACGUCGAUGUCAAAGUCUGAUGAUGAUGCCGCAUUAAAACCUAAAAUUGGGACACCCACCCCCGAAGUAUUGACUGAAAAGCUUACCGUUACCAAUAAAUUUCUGCCAAUAGUAGCAAAUAGCGAUACUGCAGAUAUUUUGAAUAUUACACCAUUCAGAAUUGAAAUGAAUGAAAAGAAUAAAAAAGUAGCGAUAAAGUUUUUGGAGAAAUGGAAAGCGUUCGUAACAAAAAGAAAAGAAAUUUUAAAUAAACAUAGACAGGAAUGUCUGAAUACGUUUUUUGAUAAGGUAGCUAAGAAAAAGAUGGAUGCAAAACAAUCAAAUGACUUUGUAAAUAAAACUAAAAUGCUUGCUCGGGAUUACAGUACAUAUCAACAGAGGUAUCAAGUACAAAAACAUAUAAUUGCUCUCCAAAAGGCCAAGUUGGAAGAACAAAAUAGACUGAUAGAGGAACUUAAGUAUAAUAGAAUAAUUGAAGCUUCUCGCCAAUCCGUUGAUGCUAUGAAAGAUGAAAUUCGGAAAACAUAUUUUGAUAUAGACAGACAGUUGAAGCCGAAAAUAAAAUGCUUGACAAAUGAAUUAAAGCUACAGCAGAUUGAAGAACCAUCCCUUGUCUUACAUUGUUUGAAAGUACCACGGUUCUUGCAAAGAAUGGAAAAAAGAGCUCGUGAACGUGAAGAAAAACACGCUAUUAUAAGAGAAAGAAGAAGACAAAUGGAAGAAGAGCGCGUAAGGCUCAAACAACAGGUAAGUACCUCCAUAUAAAUUACUAGCUUUCCGCCAGCGGCUUCGCCCGUGUGGUUUGUAUUAUACAUAAAAACCUACCUUUUGAAUCACCCUAUCUAUGAAAAAAAACCCUAUCAUAAUCCAUUGCGUAGUUUUAAAGAUUUAAGCAUAUACAGGGACAGAGAAAGCGACUUUGUUUUAUACUAAUGUAGUGAUUAUUUACCUUAAUAAAGUAUGACGCGUGAUCUUCACGCAUGCAUUAUUGUUUGA